GUCCGACUGGAAUGAAGCGGAAAAAAAAUCCAAUUGUAUUUUGCGCUGGAAUUUCCGUAUCGUUUGCACACAUCUUGCACGAAACUUCAACAAAUCGCAGGGCACUGAUAAGCCCACGGAAAGCAACACGCCACCAAACGAGCGGCAAAGCGCAGGUCCAGUGGAGUUGCUUAAGUCAAUCAGUGUACGAUCAUGGCAGCGAAAGGACGAUUGUCAGGGCGGUGCAUAGUGUCAAUAGCCGCCGUACUGCUCCUUCCGGCAUGUAUCGCACAAUCGUCGAGCACUUACGGCGACAGUGAUACGGUGCCGCAAAGGUCAAGUGGCUUCGGGUACGAGUUAAUCCGCAAUCAGCUCGAGGAAAUGCAAGAUAGCAUCACACAGCUGCAGCAAACGGCGGAGAGCCGUAGUGCGUGUGCCGGACUGGAAGCCAACAUUGCCACCAUACUGAGGCGGCUCGAAACGAUCGAAAACGGACUGAACGCAAUGCCUCAAUCACCAGCCAUUUCCAUGCCAGCACGUCCGAUAUUCGAUCAAGCACCGCUCACUCCAUCAUACAGUGCACGGCCGUCAAGAGGCCGUACCAUCGAUAUCGACAGGAUGAAAGCAGAGGCAGAUGAUAUGUUUGAAGAACAGCGAUCGCGUGCCAGAGCUCGAGCGAUGGCUCAUCAACAAAGGGAACAGUCCGUGUUCGACCGCGGUAAGUCACUGGCAAGUUCUGCUGCAGGGUCGUUGCUGCGUUGCACUCAUUUUGCACGUUUCCAUUUGCAGUUUACGACUCGUGUGACGAUGUGCCGACCUCGGGCACGUGGAAGAUUCGACAAGGUACGCAGAUAUCAAACGUACACUGUAUCAAGUUCUAAACGUCGGCCUUAAUCCAUUCAUUCUACAAAUAAAAAAUGGGAAAUAAUAAAUAA